ACUAAAUGCACAUUAUAGUUAGUUUAUUUUUAGGUUUGCUGCCACAAGGUGAAAAUCUCCUAUGCGAAAAUAUUCCGAAUUCCCAUUCAGAAUGGAUUCUGGAAACUCCCUGAAAUCGGUAAUUCCCGCAAUUACGCAAUAUAAAGACCAACUUUAUUCAAAAAAGGUAACUAUCCACCUUCCAACAAUGUAUACACUUGUGUUGCCUUUGAUAAUCAACCUCUGUGUAUUGGCCAAUAUUGUAACAACAAAGAAUGCCCCUUUCAACAUCACAUGUGAGAGUACUUCUAAGUGCGGAAAUGUUGUAAUUGAAAACGAGGACACAUUUAACUGUUUAACAGAAAUCGAUGAGGGAAUAAAAAAAUAUAAUAUAACACAAUACUCAGUCCGUUUUUAUGUGGCGAAAGAAAAUAUAGAUAUUGAGGGAAAAAAUCUUCAACAUACGUGUCAAGUAUUUCUCUUACAAGGAUGCCAAGAACAAAAUCAACCUUGUAACUGUAGCGGAAAUUAUGACAUUGAUUGGAAUUUCACUGCUCGUUAUGAUAAGCAUAAUAAAGCUCGAAUACAAGCAAGAUUAUUUCAAUCAUCAAGCAGUGUUAUAUAUUCUAAUAUUCUUACAGGACCACGCAUCAUCAAAGAUCCAAGAAAUUCAACUUUUCAACUUCUAGUAAAUAACAAAGAAGUACAUGACAAUGAAAAAAUUAAAUGUUCAAAAUAUGACGAAUUAUUAUUCAGUAUAUUUCCUCAAGAUUCAGCAGAAGUUUUAAGCCUGCAUGAUGUAAUCAAUAAUCAAACAUUUAAAAGUGGCCAGAAAGUUCGUGUGAAAUCACAUUAUAUAAUUAUCAAUAUAAAGUUGUGUGACAGAGAGCUGCGAAGUUACAACUUGAUUUUACAAUACGAUGAUCUGAAGCAAACAGCAUCUAUAAUACCUGAAAGUUCUACAAAAACAACAUCAAAAGAUGAUAAAAACGGAAAUUCUACGAUUAUCUGGGCACCCAUGAUUGCGAUUGGUGUACUUUUAUUCGCAAUUAUUGUUUUCACGUAUAUGUUUUGUAGUAGAGAAAAAUAUAAUGCAUGUAAAGAACGUUUUGUCCUUACGCUAUGAGCCUAUCACUUGUCUGGAACAGUUAAAAAAGGAUGUAGCAAUCCGGGUGAUUUUAGAAUAAUGACAAAUAGGGUUCCAGAAACGAAUGAGAGAUCUGAGGAGACGACAAUGAUAAACCUUAAAACGUGAAAUCAGGAGACUACGCGGACAAUAAAAUAACUAGCAAAAAAAUAAAAGCACGAAAAGGGGAAUGAAGAGGUACUAUAGCGAAUAAUUCUUCAACCUUAUUUAUCUACCGACCCCUUUUCGUAUAUUUUCUCUUUAAAAACUUUUCCAUUACCUCACUAAUGGAAACGUAGUAAAAAGAAAACUUACAAAAAAAUAUGUAAAAAAAAGAAAGAACCUUUUUUAUUGACUCUCAGAUGAGAUUGUAACUAACAGAUUGUUCAUUUUAAAAUUGUAUAUAUUUAUUCUUUCAGCGUAUAUCGUCCAUUAAAACGGGCGCUUUUGAUCUAUUCCCCCAACCCUUUCGUUGACUUUGAGAAGUAAAAAUUGGAAUUAGAGUGUCUAUUUUAAUGUAAAAUAAAUGAAUUUGCUAAAUUUUUACUUUCAAUUAUAUGGCAUUCAUAGUUCAUACAUUAAAUGAGAAACCUAGAAGAUUCCACUUUGUGUAAAAUUCUGAGCUUUAGAAAAUUCUAGUCACAAAUAAUUAAACAUUUAUGAGUGAAAUUAAUGAAUGAAUGAAAUAUAUGAAUGAAUUACGCACACCAAGAGUUGCGAUAACCUGGAAGCCAAAACGAGGAAAGCGCAAACAGGGACGUCCUCGUAUUACCUGGCGACACACCUUCAUGGAGGACCUCAGAACAGUGGACACCAGAUGGGAGGAGGCUCCAGACAUUGCCAGUGACAGAUCAUUAUGGAGACAGCUUGCCGCCCAAUGCGCCGAACGGCGCGGGAGGACCUAAGUCUAAGUCUAAGAGUGAAAUUAAACUAUUUCUAAGAAUGACAGCAUUAAUGCUAUACUCUUUAUUUUCAACUGACUUUUUGUGGGGAAAAUAACUCUCCAAAGCGUUCGAAUGUAGUGUACUAUCUUGGCUAGAGUUAAUAAAGAAUAUAAAUAUACACUAAUUUUGUAAACAUCUUGUAGAAUUUUAAUAAGGGAGAAAGACAUCAAAGACUAUUGAAUCCAAAGUCCCAGCAAUAUGGCGUUCUUUUCAUUGGAAAAUAUAUACAAACAUUUUUUUCCGUUUCUUGAUAUUGAUUUGUUUAAUAUUUUUAUUUAUAAUUAAUUCAUGUGUAGGCCUAUAUCUACGUGGUAAGAUACUUCAGUAGGCUUUCAAACGGCGUUCACUAAUAUGUUACCGCUUAUAUAACUAACUAAGCUUCAUGCUACCAAUAAAACCAUUGUAAGAAUUGUGUGUGUACAGCUGUAGUUUUUAUAAGAUUGUGUUUUGUUAUUAAUACAUUAUUGUAAUUAAAUAUGUCAAUAUUUUUA